CCGGGCACGCUCGGCGGCGCCCAACGAUGACCGCUCCCUGGCGGCGCCUCCGGAGUCUGGUUUGGGAAUACUGGGCCGGGCUCCUCGUGUGCGCCUUCUGGAUCCCAGACUCGCGCGGGAUGCCGCACGUCAUCCGGAUCGGAGGAAUCUUUGAGUAUGCAGAUGGCCCCAACGCCCAGGUCAUGAACGCUGAGGAGCAUGCCUUUCGAUUUUCUGCCAACAUCAUCAACAGAAACAGGACCCUGCUGCCCAACACAACCUUGACUUAUGACAUCCAGAGGAUUCACUUCCAUGACAGCUUUGAGGCCACCAAGAAGGCCUGUGACCAGCUGGCUCUGGGCGUAGUGGCAAUCUUUGGGCCAUCGCAGGGCUCCUGCACCAAUGCCGUCCAGUCCAUCUGCAAUGCCCUGGAAGUGCCUCACAUCCAGCUGCGUUGGAAGCACCACCCACUGGACAACAAGGACACCUUCUAUGUGAACCUCUACCCCGACUACGCCUCACUCAGCCACGCCAUCCUUGACCUGGUCCAGCACCUCAAGUGGCGGUCAGCCACCGUGGUCUACGACGACAGUACAGGGCUCAUCCGGCUGCAGGAGCUCAUCAUGGCUCCAUCAAGAUAUAACAUCCGCCUGAAGAUCCGCCAGCUCCCCAUCGACUCUGAUGACUCACGCCCCCUGCUCAAGGAGAUGAAACGUGGCCGGGAGUUCCGCAUUAUCUUUGACUGCAGCCACACCAUGGCAGCCCAGAUCCUCAGGCAGGCCAUGGCCAUGGGCAUGAUGACCGAGUACUACCACUUCAUCUUCACCACUCUGGAUCUCUACGCGCUAGACCUGGAGCCCUACCGCUACUCAGGGGUGAACCUGACAGGGUUCCGCAUCCUCAACGUGGACAACCCCCAUGUCUCGGCCAUUGUGGAGAAGUGGUCCAUGGAGCGGCUGCAGGCGGCUCCCCGGGCAGAGUCUGGCCUGUUGGAUGGAGUGAUGAUGACCGACGCGGCCUUACUGUAUGAUGCCGUACACAUCGUGUCCGUGUGCUACCAGCGGGCGCCCCAGAUGACGGUGAACUCCCUGCAAUGCCACCGGCACAAGGCCUGGCGUUUUGGUGGCCGCUUCAUGAACUUCAUCAAGGAGGCUCAGUGGGAAGGAUUAACUGGACGGAUUGUUUUCAACAAAACCAGUGGCUUGCGGACCGAUUUUGAUCUGGACAUCAUCAGCCUGAAGGAGGAUGGACUGGAGAAGGUUGGCGUGUGGAAUCCUGCUGAUGGGCUCAACAUCACGGAGGUUGCCAAAGGCCGAGGCCCUAACGUCACUGACUCUCUAACAAACAGGUCUCUCAUCAUCACCACGGUACUGGAGGAGCCCUUUGUCAUGUUCCGGAAGUCUGACCGGACCUUGUAUGGGAAUGACCGGUUCGAGGGCUACUGCAUAGAUCUGCUCAAGGAGCUGGCGCACAUUCUGGGCUUCUCCUACGAGAUCCGACUGGUGGAGGACGGCAAGUAUGGGGCGCAAGAUGACAAGGGCCAGUGGAACGGCAUGGUCAAGGAGCUCAUUGAUCACAAGGCAGAUCUGGCAGUGGCUCCGCUAACCAUCACCCAUGUCCGUGAGAAGGCUAUCGACUUCUCCAAGCCCUUCAUGACCCUCGGCGUGAGCAUCCUGUAUCGCAAGCCCAACGGCACCAACCCCAGUGUCUUCUCCUUCCUCAACCCACUGUCCCCGGACAUCUGGAUGUAUGUGCUCCUUGCCUACCUGGGUGUCAGCUGUGUCCUCUUUGUCAUUGCCAGGUUCAGCCCCUAUGAGUGGUAUGACGCUCACCCCUGCAACCCCGGCUCUGAGGUGGUAGAAAACAACUUCACUCUGCUCAAUAGCUUCUGGUUUGGAAUGGGCUCCCUGAUGCAGCAAGGGUCUGAACUGAUGCCCAAAGCUCUGUCUACGCGCAUCAUCGGGGGCAUCUGGUGGUUCUUCACGCUCAUCAUCAUCUCCUCCUACACGGCCAACCUGGCUGCCUUUCUCACAGUGGAGCGCAUGGAGUCACCCAUCGACUCUGCCGACGACCUGGCCAAGCAAACCAAAAUUGAGUAUGGGGCUGUCAAGGAUGGGGCCACCAUGACCUUCUUCAAGAAAUCCAAGAUCUCCACCUUCGAGAAGAUGUGGGCCUUCAUGAGCAGCAAGCCCUCGGCGCUGGUGAAGAACAAUGAGGAAGGUAUCCAGCGGACCCUGACGGCCGAUUACGCGCUGCUCAUGGAGUCCACCACCAUCGAGUACAUCACCCAGAGGAACUGCAACCUCACCCAGAUCGGGGGCCUCAUCGACUCCAAGGGCUACGGCAUCGGCACGCCCAUGGGCUCCCCAUACCGGGACAAGAUCACCAUCGCCAUCCUGCAGCUGCAGGAGGAGGACAAGCUGCACAUCAUGAAGGAGAAGUGGUGGCGGGGCAGCGGGUGUCCCGAGGAGGAAAACAAGGAGGCCAGCGCCCUGGGCAUCCAGAAGAUUGGUGGCAUCUUCAUCGUCCUGGCCGCUGGCCUGGUCCUGUCUGUGCUGGUGGCCGUAGGCGAGUUUGUGUACAAGCUCCGCAAAACGGCAGAGCGAGAGCAGCGUUCUUUCUGCAGCACCGUAGCCGAUGAGAUCCGUUUCUCCCUCACUUGCCAGCGUCGGGUCAAGCACAAACCACAGGCUCCUAUGAUGGUCAAGACCGACGCUGUCAUCAACAUGCACACAUUCAAUGAUCGCCGGCUUCCAGGCAAAGACAGCAUGACCUGCAGCACAUCAUUAGCCCCCGUGUUCCCCUAGGCACAGGCUGGGUGGGACCACAGGCCUGGGGCAAGGCUGAGGGAAGCAAAGGAGACUGGAAGGAACAGCCCAACCCUCACAUCGAGCUUGGGGACCAGAGCAGCUGCCUGCAUGCUGGGCCAGAAACUCUGCCUUCAUCUACCGGGAAACCAGCAGGCCCUCAGGCCCCUUCUUGGGCUACAUUCUCCCUCUGUCUCUUCUAUGGGUUUCUAAAGCUGCCAGCCAAGAUAGCCAAGGCCAAAGGAAGCACAUCCCUCUCUCAGGCCGAACUUACCCAUCCUAGUCCCUGUACUCUCUUCUACAGUCAGGAGUUCCUGCCAUGGCCCAGCAGAGGCUACAGAACAUGGAAGACAGCUUUUAGACUGCUACUUCUCCCUCAAGAGCCCAGGCCCCCUAGGGCUUGACCACGAGUCCAGUGACACAAACCUUGGCACCUUACAGAUGUUACAGUGGGAGCCAAGAGAUGGCCAUCCCAUAUGCCUGGGCAAAAGGAAGACUCCAGCCUUCAGGGGCUGUUUACAUAAUCCUAUUCUUCUGGGCUUGGUUUCACCAAUGGCAGCUCCUUGGCAAAACGAAAGGUAGAGUGGGAAGGAGAAGUUUGGGGAUGAGGGAGAAGAGAAUGCACAGAUAAAAGCCACCAUCUUGGAUUCUUGUGGACACCUCUCAGUGGUUCCCACUUCUUGAGAAGGCCUCCAGGAAUACACAUGGCAUAGUGGUCACAGCAAAUACUUCUCCACUUCUGACCAGAGGAGAGAGGACCCUUAAAUCUCUCACAAAGGAUGCCCAAUGAUUCAGCUGAUGCUUAAAGCCCAGGAGAUGAACAAUGGAUUCCGUGAAAAUCCCACAGGCCUUUGACCCAAUGGGCCUCACUUUGCUGGUUAGCAAGCUGUUUACUAAGCCCUGUUGGCAUUUGGGAACCUGGGCUCUUUGCCAUCUAUUCACUGGCAACUUCCUAUUCCUGGCCAGUUGAACUUGGCCUCCCUCUGUCAUCCUGGAAAGAGAAGAGUAGCCUCAACUGAGGUGAAAAUCAAGUCACCCUUCCUGGAAAGAGCCAGUGUCCUACUGCGCAUGCUCUUUGGGGUAGGUGGGAAGAGCCAGAGGGAUCCAAGGAACUCCCGGCCUCCUGGACCUGCCAAACUUAAGGAUGUUCACUAGAAAAAAGAAUGUUUUUAGUAGUAGGAUAUCAUAGCUACAAGGGCCCAGGGGGAGAGGGAAGCUGCCUCCUGGAGAAUUAACCAAAGACCCAACACAGAGAAUAAGGUCAUCUUUCGUCUCUCAUCCGGAGCAGUUGCAGCUUUGGGGAGGACAGCCAAGGAAGGAGUAGCAGCCAGUGGAGUACCAGCAAGGGUAUGGACCAGAUGAUCUGUGGGUUCCAGCUUGCUGUGAAUGUCCUAGAAUCUGGGACUUUAAGAUUCUUUUUAAAAGAAUAACAAAUGUAGGGUUAGGCAAAAAGUGGCCUUAAAGGAAGCAUAAUGGGGCCCACAGGCUCCAUUAGGCUCUGCAGGGGAAGGAGAGCUGGAAAUUCUGAACAGAAAACCAGGGGACACCAGCCACCCCUCCCACCUAGCUCCCAGUUCUGCUAGGGGGCCCAGCUCAGCUAGGAAGAGUCACAUUUCCAUCUCAAGGGUUUUCUCAGCAGUGAGGGGAAGGAGCCUCUCUAGAAAAGCAGAAGACCGACUUGGUGGGGUCCUCCAAACUGUGAGCUGCAGGACUCAACCCACUGGCCUCUAAAUGACAGCAGCUCUGAUGGCUGUCUACACUGGAGGAGGGAGACAGGACUAGACGUACAGUAGAGCCUGAUAUAUGGAAUGGCAGGAAAAGCCAUGCUAGCAUGAGCUUCAGCAGGUUGUGAACACAUGUGUGUCUGAGGUAUGAGAUUUGGGAGCCAGGGGUGAAGGACAGAUUUGACUAUAUGAUGUAGUCCAGGGCAUGCAAUAACAGAGGGUCCUUUGGGACCUGGUAUGUGUGUGUAAUGUGUAUACAUGAGUGAAUUAGGGACAAGGGAGACAAAUCUGGACCAGCAACAGAGCCCUAUCUAUGUAAAAACAGGAGAAGCCAUGUCAUGGGGUUCUGGUGAGAACGUGCGUGCGUGUGUGUGUGUGUGUGUGUGUGUGUGUGUGUGUACUGUGCACUAAACAGCAGAGAACUGAGGGCAGGAAACCCCUGAAGCAUAGCCAAAUGUGUGUAAAAGGAGAAGCCAUGUCAUCAAAGGGUCUGUGUGUGAGUUCUAUAGACUGGUGUGUCCAGCAGAGAGCAGAGGGAGGACAUACAAUGCCUGUUGAAUGUGAGGAGCCCUGUAGAUGGGAGGUUGGAGCAUGUAUGUGAGUGUGCUCAUGCCCAUGUGUGUCCAGACACACAUAUGUCUCAGCUCACAGCAGGAGCAGGACGGACAAUCAAUCAGGAAGUCUUGGCAUCAGGGUUUGCACUCUUGCCAUGGGAGGGGCUGUGUGUCACACUUUGUGGCGGUUGUGCAAGCAUACUAGUGGGAAGAUGGCCACAGGCUUCAUCCUUCUGUGGCUCAUGGCUGCUGACUCCUUUGCUGUAGCUGGAUUGUCCUGUCUGAAGGGCAGACUUUUUCUUUUACCGUUCCUAAUAAUGGGAUUCUCAGCAAAGUCUUUACCAAUUGCUCUCACCAGCCACAGUCACUAACCAUUGUCUCACUUGUCUAGUACAAUUUCAUAGCACACACCCAUACCCACACUCGUGUCACACACACAUGUGCUUUUGCACAUGACACUAUAUGAACGUGUCGUGUUCUUCUGAGGCUAUGCACUAUGUAGAUUGUGAUGGGAGGAAGAAAAGGAAGUUGCUGGGGUGGAAGACUUUCGUCAAAGGAAUGAAGAACAGAGGGCAAGCAGAGGGGCCCUCCCAUUAGGGGAAUUCCCCCAAAGGUAUCGGCAUGGUUUUUAUACUCCUGCACGGAAGUAGGAUGCUGUGCUAUCUGAUCUCCCAUUCCAUUCAAGCCUUAUAUCUGGAGGUAUGGCUAAUGCUCAACCUCUGGCCAAUGUCCUGUGUUCUAGAGACCAGCCCAGGGUGUGGAGCACAACAGAGAUCACCCUGCCUGUGUCUGAACUGUGACUCUCCCUGGGUGCUGAAGCUGACAUCCCAUCUGUGAAAUGGGAACGGAGGGUAGAGGACGGAAGGGAGGUGUUCCUUAGCAUUAAACUGAGGCUGCCCUGCUGCCGGUAGGUUGCAGCUGCACCGGCGUGGGGGCACAUGUGUGUGUGUGUGUGUGCGUGCACAGCACAGGGGCACCAAGGAGUAAUAGGAAGCACAAAGCUGGCUUGGAUGGAGCAGAAGUUGAAAUGUGCCUGACAGGUGCCUGAUUGUCCCUGUGUGGUCCCUCAGGACAGCCUGAACAGAAGAGUGCUCCCCUCCCACAUGAUCCCACCCUGGCCAAACUGAGGAGCAAUGAAGAUGAAACUACCCCAUCCCCUCACCAAGGCUCUGGGACUUUUGGACAUUGAGUCCCUCUUCUGUCUCUCCCUUGACCUGAUGGCGACUUCUCUGCUGUGGACAGAUAAGAAAGCCCAAGCAAAGGAUCUGUCUAUAUCCAGGGGACCUCACUCUGCAUGUAUUCUGCAAGGGGGAAAGUGCCCCCUUGGCCAUCGAGCUAGACUCUGAAUCUCUGAGGGGUGGGAGGGUUGCCUCUUCUCAGGCCAGACUCUGCCUCAGCCAGAAGAGCACAGCUGGCUCCUGCUGGCACCAGCUUAGGAUGGAUGAAUGGCCCUGACAAGCUAGAUAUUGCUCCCCCUCAUUAAAGUCCAGGAAAAUAGAAGUCAAACCCAGGCCCCAAUUCUCUAAGAACUAUUAGAAGCCCCUUCUGCCUUCCUUUCCAAGGAAUGGUGGAGGUAGGGAGUGCAGCCUCUGUUUAGUCACUCAGCAUGAAGUGGAUCCUUCUCCAAACCAUUCCCUGAUGUGUAUGCAAGUAACCAAAAAUAGGCUAAAGUCAGUGGCCUACAUCUGGAAGGGUCCAGAGAGGAUACUCAUAUGGAAAGGGAGGACCUACUGGAAUGGACAGACAGCUGUAUGGAUUUAACAUCUGACACCAGCCCAGCCCUAUGGGCAGAUAGAAGAAAUGGGCUGGCUCUGUGGAUGGUCUCUAAAUUAGACACAUCUGAAAGUCCUAAGUUAGCAGGACACAUCUGGAAUGGGCUCAGCUACUCACUGCAGUGGGAGGACCAUACCCUAUCUCCACACCAGUUUGAAGGAAGCUCUCAUUUCAGUGCUGGAUUUGCUCUGGAGUUAAAUAUUUCAGAGUUGAGGUGGUACAUGAAGUCAUAAAACUGUUUUAGGUAGAAAGUUAAUGUUCUGUACAAUAUAUAUAUGAAUGUAAAUAUAUAUAUAUAUACUGUAUAUAUAUAUAUGCACAGUGUAUAUACGACCCAUAGCCCAUGUGUAUACAACCUUUCCCCGCACGUCUGCACACAGAGUGUACACAUCCCAGCCAGCGUGGGUGGGGACUAGGUGACAGAUGGGAGCUAUGGCAACAAGAUCUGGGACAAAGGUUGCAUAGCCCUUGGGGACUGGGCAGACUCUGCAUCCAGCAGCACUCCAGACCUUAAAGAAGAGGACAAUACUGCAAAGCUGGAAAGGACAUGGAGGCAAGGAGUGGCCACGGGACUUUGUCCCAUCUGGGAGUCCAUCUGGCAAGAUCCCUGGGCAUGUCCAAGAAGCAGUGUCAUGCUAGUACCUGGCCCCUGUGCCACCAUCACAUUUUUGUUCUGAAGCAGCUAACGGGAAGUGGAAGAGCUGGGGCAGAGGAGGCCAUGCCCUCAGCCUGCUCUCAUACCUGUCUACUAGUCACCUGGUAGGUGUCAGGCUCUACCUGCAACACUCUAUGGGAGCAAAGGCCUCAGAUUGUCCCCCCAUGUGGAGGCACCCACAGCUCACAGCUAAAAGAAACGGCUUUUGAAGAGAAAGAUCCAUGGGCACUGCCAGAAUGCCAGAAUGCAUCCUGAUGCCCUGGUUACCCAUCCUGCUCUCAUUGCUCCUGCUUUCUAGGACAGAGAGCCUCAAAGCACCCUAGUUUGUCUCCAUUUUACAGAUCAAACCCCUGAGGCCCCCCAACAGCAGGAAGCAGCCAUAGACUUGGUAAAGGUCUAGCCAAGAGUUUGCCUCAGUUCAGACACCCUCCCCAGUUCCAUUUGACCUGGGACCAGCUGUCAGGGAGCAACCAAGGAACCAGAGAGAUGAGAGGCAAGAAGGCAGCUCCACCUGAGCACAGCCUGAUGCCGUCUGGCUGCCCUUCUCCCCCAUCACGUCUCCCCCAGCAGGGCAGCCGGCAGUGAGUCCCCAGCAGGCUGCACACCUCUGUCCUGCCUCCCGUGGAUCCAUCUGUUCCCUGUAACCCCAGUCCUUCCGCCCCUUCAUGGGUCCGAGCAUCUCUGGAGCAUGCAGGGAGAGAUCUGGACAGGACUUCACAUCCGCACAGAUCACAGCCUACCCUCUGCUUCAAGCCCAAGCACUUAAGCGGUCAGUCUCUGGGGUCUGGCCAAGUGCAUCUGAAUCCAGCCCCUAAGUAGGGUCCUUUCCUGGCUCCACAGAGACCAGAGGUUCUGGGGGCCCUCAUGCCACUGUGUUCUGAAACCCCAGCCCAUCUCUGCCUGGGCAGACUUUCUGGCUGGGCCUCUGUGACGAGGACCUCAGUUCCCAAUCCUGGGGCUGAGCCUCAGACAGCACCAUGGGCCUCCCAGAGCCCUGGCCUGUCCCACUACCCAGACCAGAGUGCCUGGACACCUUCCACUCCCAUUCAACUUGGUUCCCACACACUGGUCUCGGGGCCAUUCAGGGGAUGCCCUUUGUGGACAUGCAGAAUUUCUAUGAAUAUAGUUUUUUGUAAACAUUUUGUAACAAUUUGGGUUUCAUAGUAACUGUGUUACUUGCCAAUCAUUCUAGGCUGAUGUAAAUAAAUUUCCAAACAAAUCCGAUUAUUUUCCUUUUUAAGACACUGUGAUAUAUCAAAGUGCACAGUUUGCUGUAUGAAGUAAUAUGGUUUUAAAUUUUAAAUAAAGAAAUGUUUCUA